AUGACUCGAUAUCACUUUUCAACAGCUUCAAAAUGCAAACUGUCGUCAAAUUCAACUCAAUUUUCUCUUCAUUUGCAACUUCAAACUACAGAAGUGUCGUCAACACAAGAAAAACCUUCAAUUUCUUUUUAUAGUAGUCGAAAACGAAUUGAUCAUGCACUAAUAAUAACAAACGGGCAAAUGGCCAAAAAAUCGAAACCACUACCAGAAGUUAUUUGUUUGAGUGAUGAUGAUGACGAUAAUAAUAAUAAAAAAAUGAGUGUACCUGUUGCUAGUCCUAUCAUACGGCCAUCAUCAAGUCUUACUAAUGGUGACAAUAAUAUUGAAACAUCUCAAACAUUCGAUUGGAUUGUUCAACGUAAAGAUAUAAUGCGUAUACCAGAAUUAACAAUAAAACAUUCUGAUCUAAUAAAAAAAUCAUAUGAACUUGGUUGUUCAGCAGUUUGUUUUGGCAUUAUAGAAUUUAAUGUUGAAUCAGAAAUUAUUCUUAUGAAAGAAACAGAAAUUGAAUUAAAACUUAAAUGUGAUUUUAUGGCUAAUCUUAAUAUAAAAUUAGCUUAUUCAGACAUCAUAUCGUUUUAUUUUUCAUUUCAAUCACAACCACCAGCUGCAUUUAUUCAAGUUCGUCCAGACUUCGCUGAUCUUUUUGCAAGAUUUAUUCCAUCAACGGAUGAACAUGGAAAAGGAUUUGAUCCAAAUUCAAAAGAUGAAAGACGACGUCGAAUUGUUUUUUGUCUAAAAUCUUUACCAGAAAAAGAAAAAAUAAAUAUAGCAUCAAUUUAUUAUUAUUUAAAAGCAAAAUCUGCAACAAUGAAUAUUUGUUGUAUCAAUGGUUCAAGAGCUCAAGAAAUUUAUAAUUUAUCUCGAUUUGCAAAAGUAUCAGCAUUGGGCUCGAUAACAACAUCAUUUGUAAUUCAUGCUAAUGAUUUAACUCCAAAAACAGUUGGUUUAAAUAAUAAUACAAUACGAUUUGAUUUAUCUUGUGAUGAUUUAUUAUGUUUGAACGAGGGUGAAUUUCUCAAUGAUAAUAUAAUCGAUUUUUACUUGCAAUAUAUUUAUUAUGAAAAACUUUCCGAAGAAGAUCGUAAACGGACAUAUUUAUUUAAUUCUUUUUUUUAUACACGAUUAACACGAAAAGGCAAUGAUGAUAUUCUCAAUACUUCAGCUGCUGAACGACGUUAUAAUCGUGUUAAACGAUGGCUUCGUGAUGUAGAUAUAUUUUCAAAAGAUUAUCUUAUUGUACCAAUUAAUCAAACAGCUCAUUGGUAUAUUGUAGUUAUUCAAUAUCAUAAUAAUGUUUCAACAGAAGGUGAUUUAAUCAGUGAUGAUGAUGAUGAUAACGAUGAUAAUCAAGACAAUCAAUUAAACUUGAAAAAGAAGAAAAAUAUUGAAUGUUUAAUUGAACCUAUUGUCAAUAAUAAUACUCCCGGUGAAGCAUCAUCAUCAUCAUCUUCAACAUCUAAUAUUCAUCCAAUUGAAGUUCUUGAUGAAGCAGAUGAAGUCAUAAUUAAUAAUAAUAAUAAUCAUAUAAAAACUGAUAAUGAAACAAUUACGAAUUCUAAAAAUCGUUCUCAAACACCAGCAAUAAUUAUGUUUGAUUCCUUACGUUCUGGUUCAAAAAAUCGUGUUGCAGCUACUUUACGUGAAUUUCUUCAACUUGAAUAUGAUCAUAAAAAAACUUUACCUGUUGGAUCAUUAGCAAGAAAAAUAUUUAAUUUAGAUACAAUACCAAGUAUUGAAGCAGCUGUACCACAACAACCAAAUUAUUUUGAUUGUGGUUUAUAUAUUUUACAAUAUAUGGAAAGUUUUUUUGCUCAUCGUUCACCAACAAUUAAUUUUCAAUCACCACCAACAUUUGCAAAUUGGUGUGAAAAAAAUUUAAUGGGUUCAUCAAAACGAAAACAAAUAUUUGAUAUUAUCAAUCAACAUGUUAUUCCUAAAGAAGUGUAA